AUGGCACUGUUAUCUCUCAGGCUGUGGCCUCUACUGAUGCUGGCCUGCUGGACUCUCCUUCCUGAUCUGGCUCUUGAGAACUUCGUGAAUUUCCUGGGCGGUGAUAACAAAUGUGAAGGCCAAGUGCACUUGCAAUACGGUGGGAAGUGGGGCCUUAUGUGUGCAGACGGCCUGGGCACGCAGGAGGCCUCAGUGAUCUGCAGAGAGCUCGGCUGUGGCUCUGUGAAGACUAUGCCCCGGUACAUUUUGACACCUGAAGAGAUGAAGCAACCUUGGCUAUAUGAUGCCCAGUGCCAUGGCGACGAACCCACCUUCUCAGAGUGCCUUCUGGGGUCCUGGGGGCCCGUCAGUGGCUGCAAAUGCCAGUGUGUGGCUGUGAUUAUCUGCUCUGGUGGUACCACGCGACAAAUGGGGCUAGUUGGUGGUAGCAGUCCUUGUGCUGGGACUGCACAGGCCACUGGGAUUUUCAAUUUUUCCCUGAGAUGUGACUUGCAUGAGAAGGAGGCUGGUGUUGUGUGCAGACAGCUGGAAUGUGGCACUGCUCUACAAUGGUCCAGAGCCCACCAUGGAAUUAAUGGGAAUCAGGAGCAGAAGUACCUUACAUGCCAGGGAACAGAGACCAACAUUUUACAUUGCCUGAUCAAUGUGAACUUCCUAGAGCAAUGUGACCUUCUGACCUACACCCAGGUUGUGUGUACAGGUCAUGUGGAGGCCCGGCUGCUAGGUGGUACACACCCCUGUGAAGGACGCCUGGAGGUUCUUCGAGGACUUACAUGGGGCACUGUCUGCCAUGAUGACCUGGAUCUGCCCAUGGCCCACGUGGUUUGUAGGGAGCUGGGGUGUGGCACUGCUGUAUCCAUACUCAGGAGUUCCCACUUUGGCUAUGGAUCAGGGCCUGUGUGGACAGAGGCCUUUCGCUGUGUGGGCAAUGAAUCACUGCUGUUCCAUUGUCUGAGGGAGCCUGGACACCAGUGUGGCCAUGAUCAGAAUGCUGCACUAACCUGCUCAGGGGAAAAGUUUCGACUGGUCAAUGGCAGCAACCGCUGUGAGGGCCGCGUGGAGCUUUUGGUACAGGAUGCCUGGCAACCCCUCUGUGCUGCCGACUGGGACUUAGCAGAUGCCACGGUGCUCUGCCACCAGCUCAACUGUGGCUAUGCAGUGGCCACACCCCAAGGAGGCCACUUUGGAAAUGUGAAAGCUCCCAUCAGGACAGAUGUGUUUCACUGUCUGGGGACAGAGCCCCACUUACUGAGCUGCCCAACAAGCACCUUAGGGGCCCAAGCAUGCGCAAUGGGGAAUUCAGCCUCGGUUCUCUGCUCAGGUCUCCAGGAUGCCCUGAGGUUGAGGGAUGGACAGAGCCACUGUGAUGGCCGAGUAGAGGUCUUUCUGGACGGCGCGUGGGGGCGUGUGCUGGACAAUGCCUGGGACCUGCGUGAUGCUGCUGUGGUAUGCAGGCAGCUCGGGUGCGGAGAGGCACAGCUAGCUUAUGACGCUCCAGCACCAAGCCAUAAGACAAUUCCUGUGGGGCUGAGCCUGGUGCACUGCUUGGGCUCUGAGACCCACCUGAUCCAGUGCAAAGUGUCUGUUUCUAUGCUGGUUCAUGCAGGGACUUUGCGGGAUGCAGGCGUGGUAUGCUCGGGGAGCUUGCACAUACGAUUGGCAGCGGGUAAGAGCCGCUGUGCUGGGCGUGUUGAAGUGUUCUAUCAGGGAGCAUGGGGCACCGUAUGUGAUGAUGCCUGGGACCUGCAGGACGCCCAUGUCGUCUGCAGGCAGCUGGGUUGUGGCCACGCCCUCAGUGCCCCUGGGGCUGCCCAUUUUGGAGCAGGAACUGGGCACAUCUGGAUGGAUGAACUGGGCUGCCUGGGUGAGGAGGCUGCUCUGUGGGAGUGCCAGUCAGGAGGCUGGGGCCAACAAGACUGUGGUCACAAGGAGGAUGCAGGCGUGGUCUGUUCAGAAUUCAUUGAUGUGAGGUUGCAAGAACACAGUCAGCCAUGCACAGGACGCCUGGAAGUUUUCUACAAUGGGACUUGGGGUGGUGUCUGCCAGUCUCUGGAUGCUGCCUCCCUGAGAGUUCUGUGUGAACACCUGGGCUGUGGGUCCCAAGGGCAGCUACUGGCCAGGCCAAGGAGCUCAUCUACGAUUGAGACAAUCUGGUUAAAAUCCAUUCAGUGCAGGGACAAGCAUGACAGGUCCUUGUGGCAAUGCCCCUCAGCACCGUGGAAUAGUCAUUCUUGCCUCAGAGGAGAGGAAGCCUGGUUGAUGUGUGCAGAAAAGGCAGAAGUUUCUCAGGAUAUGGAGCAGAUUUCCAACUGUUCAUCAACUCUUAGCUGCCCAGAGGAAGGUGCACUUCGUGUGUUUGGGGGUGAGGAUGGCUGCUCUGGACGAGUGGAGCUUUGGCAUGGAGGUUCAUGGGGCACGGUGUGCGAUGACUCCUGGGACCUAGCCGAUGCAGAGGUUGUAUGCAGGCAGCUGGGCUGUGGCCCAGCCAUAGCCGCCUUGCAGAAUGCUGCCUUUGGCCCUGGUUCAGGGCCUGUAUGGCUGGAUGAAGUGGGAUGCCGAGGCAGUGAGCUGUCUCUGGGAGCCUGCCAGGCAGAACCGUGGGGAGACGGAGACUGCUCUCACAAGGAGGAUGCUGGUGUGCGGUGCCUAGGUACCCCUGGAACCAUGGCAUCGGGCAAUUCUUCUGCUACUCCACCUGUUGCUGAGGUCUGGACCAUGCCUGAGAUUGCCUGUCUGGUCCUUGGCUGCCUCUUGGGCAUAGUCUUUCUGGUACUGGCUGCUCAAUGGUGUCACAGCAGAGCCAUUGGCAUGGGUUCUGAAGCAAUGGGGGAGCUUCCCUCAGAGGCUGUCUAUGAAUACAUUGAAACAGUCCCUAUGGAUGAAAAAGAGGAGCCAGUAGCAUCCCAGAGUCCGGUGCAGGAUGAGGAUUAUGAUGAUGCAGAAGAGCCCCUGCACAGCCCUGGGGAAGAUAUGGAGGCUAGGCACUGUUGA